AUGGGAGAUCGCACAUGCGGCUCCAGCUUCCUUCGCCUCUGCAUGGCGAAGCCCACGUUAUAUUCUUUGCAGCCGCAUACCUGGAAGGUCGGAUACCGCACCUCGAAGGUUUACUGGGAAGAGUUUCAAACCCGGGAGGAUGCGGAGGGUCGCUACCAGGAGCUGUGGUGGUCCAAAGUGCUGAUCAGCCCGGAAGGUGACGUGCAGUGGUGCUCAAGUGGGAUUUUAGAUCCGAAGGGCGUCGGUGUUGCUGCGCUCCUCCUCUCUGUUGGAGGGGGCUUUGGCGAUGUGGAGUCCCCGCUUCCUGCCUUGGAGAAGGGAGAUGUGGCUUUCAUCCCAGCUGAUCGGUUACCAGGUACUUCAGAAGUCUUGCAGCUCAUCUGGGAUAGGGUGGCCUCCAGGAGCUCCAUCAGCUGGUUCGGCUCUCGCGUUUCGGCGGAUUCUUUGUGCUACUUCGACGUCGAGAAGCACCCGGGCGUCCGGGGCUACGUGGCGCUGACCAUUGACGAUGCCCCAUGCCGCCUUGGGCCCAAGAACUCCAUGCUGCCUGAGAUCCGAAAGCUUCUGAAAGAGCAUCAGGCACAAGCCACCUUCAUGCUUUUGGGGAAGUUCGUCCCGCAGUACGAAGCGGAGCUACUGGAGCUUCUUAGGGAGGGGCACGAGCUGGGGAACCAUGGCCUCGUGGACAAGAGCUACGGGGCCUCAUCUCCCAAAGAGUUUGAGGAUGCUGUGGAGGAGUGCACCAAGCGGAUCACCGACUUGCAGUGUCGUGCUGGCCUUUCUUCGGCGUUCCCUUGGUUCCGGCCUCCUCAUGGGCGGUUGAGCGCCGUUAUGGCCAAGAUCGUGGAGCAGAAGGCUUUGAGAAUUCUGAUGUGUGAUACCUAUGCAUGUUGCCCGGUAAUUCAGGACGGCGAUUUUAUCGGCCGCUUCCUUGGAAAGCAGGCCGAACAUGGCUCCAUCAUCUUGAUCCAUAUGCCAGAGCACGGCUUCCGAGAGUGGUGUCUGCUGGGCCUUCAGACGCUCCUCAAGCAGCUGAAGGAGCGCAACAUGAAGGUGGUCACUGCUGGGAAGCUGGCAGAGCUCGCCGGAUGGAGUCCGGAACCCCUGGGCCGCCAAAUGCCCUGUAAGCUGGCAUUGUAA